GAGCGGACCGGCGGCAGGACCCUGGGGGCUGCCGUUCCUCCACUGCCGUUAGUUUGAUGAAGAGGCCGACUGACUCCAGGCAGCACAACUACACUCCAUACAUUGUAACCACUUUACAACCGCUAGCUACAGUCUUCCGGCACUUAUGAAGCUUACCAGUUUGUGAGACAGUGUGAAUGGAGUCAACUGGAGGCUCUGGAAGUCUCUCCCGUGAGUACAAGCUGGUCAUGCUGGGAGAAGGAGGUGUAGGGAAGAGUGCUAUCAUCAUGCAGUUCAUCAGCCAUCGCUUCCCAGAGGAUCAUGACCCCACCAUUGAGGAUGCCUAUAAAACUCAGAUCCGCAUCGAUGAUGAACCAGCUAACCUGGAUAUCCUGGACACAGCAGGACAGGCAGAGUUUACAGCCAUGCGGGACCAGUAUAUGCGGGCAGGUGAGGGCUUCAUCAUCUCCUACUCCAUCACAGACAGGCGGAGUUUCCAGGAGGUUCGGCACUUUAAGCAGCUUAUUGAUCGAGUGCGACGCACCGCAGACACUCCAGUAGUAUUGGUGGGCAACAAAUCUGACCUGGCGCACCUUCGACAGGUAUCAGUGGAGGAGGGUCAUGAACUGGCCAGAGAGUUCCAGUGCCCCUUUUUUGAAACCUCUGCUGCCUUCCGGUACUACAUUGACGAGGUAUUUGCUGCCUUGGUCCGCCAGAUCCGCCGGCACGAGGCUGAGUCUGUGCGCAGCAGUGAGAGGAAGACCAGGAGAAGACACUCAUUUUGGGGUCGUAUGCGCUUCACUUUCCAUAAAAAGCAGCACUCUGAGCACUGACAGAAACAUCAUGGGAUAUACUGUCCUGCCAUAGACAUUGGUAGCCACAAUUCAUACAAUGCCACCAAUGACUGUAUCUGGGUUAGAACAGCAAGAGGCUAACAGUUACCAAGAUCUUAAGCCGAAAUUGUAAUGUAGUAUGCCCUGAAAACUGGCCUUACUCAGCAAUGUUAGUAUUAAGCUGUGAGCUCAGCCACUUGACUGAAGUAGUUUUAUGGACGAACAUCAUGAAUGUACUGUCUGUAGCAAUCAUAGAACUUUAUGUCUUGAUGAUGUAGCAGGAGAAGAUGAUUUUUUUGAGGGGGGUGGGGGUGGGGAUUAAAUAACUAAGGAAAAAAAAGGAUCUGAGUUCCAGGUGAAGGCCAUGCUGGUCCAUCUGUAGAUGGAAAGACAUGGGGGGUGAUUUAUAUUUCAGUUCAUAUAGUUUAUUCUGGCAUUAAGAACUCACCUAAUGCCAACGUAAAAAAUUAUCACAUUAGUGGUGAUGUCAGCUCCCAGUAAUUGUGUUUACACACUGUGACCAACUUAAUGGAUUGUUCUGUUCUGACAAAUUGUGGGUAGUGCUACAAAGCUACCAUGUUGUGAACAGGCAAAUAGUAUAAUUUUGCUACUUUGGUAUUGCCUUAAACAAUGUUGCAUCAUUGGAUGAGAUAACUGCUGGCUAGCAAGCACUGAUUUAAAAAUAAAUAAAUAAAUAAAAAUCUUAGUAAAAUAGCUCACCAACAACUCCAAUGAUGGAUACAACCAUUCUCCAAGCAUUCUUCUUCAGACAUUUAUUCAUGUAGUCUUUCCAAUAUAAGUUGUAAACAACUUAGAAGCUUUGGAUGGCUUUAAUCAACAUCUUGUUUAUUUUUCAUUUGUCAUGCAGAACUAUUGCUCAUGUAACUAAAAUGGAUGGAUGCUG